AUGGCACCCUCUUCUGACCAUAAGGCGUUUCGCGACAUAUUGGCCAGUGCGAGGCGUGUCGUCAUCCUAGCAGGCGCAGGUCUCUCCGUUGCAUCAGGUAUUCCGACCUAUCGGGGCCAAAACGGACUCUGGAAAACCAGGAACUCGACAUCCUUUGCCACACCCGAGCAAUUCAGAGAGGACCCUAGCGGGAUCUGGCAAUUCUAUCAUUGCGUACGUGAAAGGUGUUUGAAAGCCCAGCCGAAUGCAGCUCACCUUGCCAUCGCCUCGCUCGUUCUACCUUCAGUUCGCUCUCGCCUGAUGCCAUCGUUGGCAGAGAACAGACCUCCCCUCUUCAUAACGCAGAAUUUCGACGAGUUAUCGUUGCGAGCACUCGAUUCGUUGUCGGAUCGGAUGACUUCAGCGGAACAGAAACUAGCGCGGGAACGACUUAUCGAGACCCACGGCUCCAUAAAUCGGACGGUCUGCCUACAGUGCAAGCAUAUAAAUCACAUUAUCGACACGCCUCUUUGUCCUGCCCUCGGAGGUAUAACCGAGGCUAUAGCAGGCGAACAGGUCAUACCAGUCGAUCAGCUACCGCGGUGCGGCGGCGCGAAAUGGAACGGGGCUAAUCGUUAUGGACGAUGUGGCGGAUUGCUUCGUCCAGCAAUCGUAUGGUUUGGCGAAGUUCCGGAGGGGAUGGGCGAGAUAGCAAAGGAGUUGAACUGGACAGACCUCUUGAUCGUGGUAGGAACAUCUUCAUUGGUACACCCUGCAGCAGGCUUCGCUAGAACGGUCAAGAGUAGAGGCGGAAAGAUCGCAGUGUUCAACUUGGAACGUUCUGAAGGGGAUGAGAACGCCGAUUUCUUAUUCCUUGGGCCCUGCGAAGACACCGUUCCAUCAAUUCUAGAAGCUACAUACUAG